CGCGUUGAAGUUUCAAAGCAUUGAAGUAGACAGCUUCCAACAAACGCUUCCACCUACUUCCACCACUGCCAAUGGUCUGUCGUCAAAGGAACAGCAGAACGAGCGUCUCUAGCUCAUGCAUCUGACUUUUCCUCCUCCACACUCAGCUGAAAGGGAAGUUACAGCAGCAAUUGCGGACGCUGAGGACACCCUGGCUUCCAUCAAGCUUCGCAAGAAGCAAUCUGAUUCAGCCAGGAGCGGAAUGGCUGAGCAUGUGGUCACCGAGAUUGACGAAGCGGCAGCUGCCAGUGAAGGCCAGCCUCUUCUUGGCAGGCCUGAGGGUUUGAAGGCAAUUGCCACGUCCAAUGCAAGCGGCCGACGGUUGGCGUCCUUGGACGUUUUUAGAGGACUCACAAUUGCGGUCAUGAUCUUGGUGGAUGAUGCCGGCGGCGUGUACCCUGCCAUCAAUCACGCCCCCUGGGACGGUAUCACGCUGGCUGAUUACGUGAUGCCCUUCUUCUUGUUCAUCAUCGGCGUCGCUAUGGCUAUCGUCUUCAAGAGGGUAACCUCCCCCCAAGCGGCCGCCUGGAAGGUGGUGGUGCGCGCGGUCAAGCUGUGCGCACUCGGCGUCGACCUGCAGGGGGGUUUCUACCGCAGCCGCCCCGGCAGUGUGGCCAUCAGCAUGGACCUCACACGUCUCCGCUUCACGGGCAUCCUCCAACGAAUUGCCUUUGCUUACAUCAUCGUCGGUGCAUGUGAGAUCAGCGUCCCUGCGCCGACGAGCGUACGGCGGGGCGCUGCUUUUCUCUACCAACAUUACGCAUUGCACUGGAUUGUGUCUGGAGUGUUAGCUGUAAUCUACCUCGCCCUCAUGUACGGGUUGUACGUGCCGGACUGGCAAUUCGAGGCUUCUGAAACUGGCGAGCUGCGGACGGUCGUGUGCGGCACCCGGGGCAGCCUGACGCCCCCGUGCAGUGCGGUGGGCUACGUAGACCGGCUCGUGCUAGGCGUCAAGCACUUGUACCGGUUCCCAGCGUACAAGCGCUCCAAGGAGUGCAGUAUGGACUCCCCCGGGUCCGGCCCUCUUCCCCCGGGCGCCCCAGUAUGGUGUCAGGCGCCGUUUGAUCCUGAAGGCGUUCUCAGCUCCGUUUCCGCGGUACUCAGCUGCUUCAUCGGAAUGCACUUUGGCCACGUGCUGGUGCACUACCAGGGCCACGCGGAGCGGAUACACCACUGGCUACUGCUCGCGGUCCCGCUGACGCUGGCGGGCGGGCUGCUUCACGUGGCAGGUUUUUCAUUCAACAAGAUGAUCUACAGCAUCAGCUACGCCCUGUUCACCGGCGGCGCUGCGGGCCUCGUCUUCACCGCCUUCUAUUACGUGGUGGACGUACUUCGGAUCCGCACACCGUUCCGCCUCCUCGAGUGGAUGGGCCUCAACGCGCUGCUCGUGUUUGUGCUGGGUGCGUGCGGCAUCCUAGAGACAGGCCUGCGCACACUCUACUGGGUCCGCCCAGAACAGAACCUGAUUGAUAUUGCUCAGCGGCACGUGUUUCAACACUUCAUAGGCGACCCAGCCUUUGCAUUCUUGAUGUACGUGAUCACAAAGAUAGUCUUCUGGUGCUUGGUUGCCGGCGUCCUCCAUAGACAGCGGUGGUACUGGAAAUUUUGAUCGCACUGGAGAUGCAACUAAGUUUGCAACUUGCUUUUGUGUACGCGCGCAAGUCCUAUUUCAUCCAAUUCAUCCAAGAUUCGUAUCGUCUGG